GUCAACCUUGUUAUAGUACUUAAAGUUGAAGCUUAAUAAUCGAUGGAAGACGUGGAGGUAGAGCUGGCACUACUGGCAGACCUGACACACAUCGAGAUAGGACGACGUGAAAAGCGACCCCUUUGUAACAGAUGCAGUCGACCUGUGGGUGUGUGCUGGUGUUGGAGCCUCGGACGACAGAGGGUGAACACAUCAUGUCGUGUUGUGGUUCUUCAACAUCCACACGAGGAGAAGCGUUGCCUCCGUACUGCUCCAAUUCUACAGACAGCUCUUCCUAAAGGAGCUUAUGUGGAAAUCAAGGGAAAAAGAUUUUCAUUUGCCAGGUUUCCACAACUAGAGGAUAUUUUUAACAGUGAGAACUCAAUUCUCAUGUAUCCAGGAGAGAAAGCCAUCAGCUUAGAAGAGCUUCCAUGUGUGGGGGAGGGCCAGGCUCCUUAUAAUAUUAUAAUUAUUGAUGGGACGUGGCAGCAGGCCAAGUCCAUGUACCAUAACUGCCGCCAACUUCACAACCUGCGACAAGUCAGCUUAUCAGGAAAAUAUAUAAGUGAGUAUGUAAUUCGCACUCAGCCAACAGAAGACGCUCUUUCAACUGUUGAGUCUGCAGCUAUUGCCUUGGCGACCCUGGAACAAAACUGGUCUAUCUAUAAUACUCUUGUCUACCCUCUUCAGCUUCUCUGUCAGUAUCAGAUCAAGCAUGGUGCAGUACCUCAUCAGAGCAAGGAACACAUGAUCGUCUCAGGGCGCUGCAACAAGCCGCUAGGAAAACGAACAUAUAAAAAGUUGCGCAAAUGUGGUGCUAAACAAGGUGAUACACUCUCAGAGUUCAUGGAUUCACUCACUUUAUAUGGUAAUCAAGGGGAAGAGAUGAAUGAUGAUGAUAAUGAUGAUGAUGAUGAUGAUGGAGAGCAAAAUUAUGGUGAUAUUGAUGGAUCACAUAACGUAGAAUGUAAAGAUAGAGAAACAGGUCCUGCAGAAGGUGAUGAAGGUGGUAGUAGUCAAGAUUCCUGCCAAAGUGACACAAGUAGCUUAAAUACACCUGAACAGAUUCUGCCCAUUUUGAAGAACAAUGUCAUUGACUCGUCUCAGGACUUCAGAUGAUACAGUGUUUGUGAUGGAAGAAAUAUUAAGAUCCUCACAUUAGGUACAAACACUCGAGAGAGAUGGACACGUGACUGCUUAGGUCCAUGUUUGUGUUGUCAUAUAUUACUAAAACACACAUUUAUGUUUGGUUACUCCUGACUUGAACAAAUUGAAUUAAUAACUUUUUUCAGUCUUUAGAUUUUAAACUAAGAUUUUUGUAUUAGUUUACACAGGGUGUAAAAUUUUUGCUAGAAAAACUGCAUUUUGGUGAAAUAUUGCCACAUAAAUAGUCUAUACAUUUAACAUUGAAUUAUAUAAUGUUAGUGUUUUAAGUGAUGGGUUCAAAUAUCCUCUUUAGCAGUUAUACAUUGUCUCCUCAAACUGUAGUGCUUGUCUAAUUUUAAUUUAUAAUCAUGACAAGCUAAGUAUGUUAGUGAACUUUUUUUGUACUGUAUUUAUUAAUCACAUUACAGCACUGUACCAGAUUUGGUUAAUCAAAUAUAAGCAGUUAAAUCUUA